AGUCACAGAGAUUGAGCCACUCACACGAUUCCCCCGUCAAAUAGUAUGAAGCCAUUUCAUUGAGCCAUUUGGCAGCUUUCUUUCUAUCUCUCCCGCUCGCUCUCUUCACCAAACAAACAGCAUAUUCUUCGUAAAAUCUCCGAAGCCAUGGGACAAAUUCUCGAGAAACUUAAAGGUAAUGAAUGGAAAGAAAGGCAGAUUAGAAAGAUAACUGACAAAAUUUUUGAUCAUUUCAAGAAUGAAACUGGAAAGGCCAAUAUGACAUUUGAGGAGCUCUACAUUGCUGUGCUACUUGUGUACAAUGAUAUUAAUAAGCGUUUACCUGGGCCUCAUUUUGAUCCUCCCACAAAGGAGGAAAUUAAAAUUCUGAUGCAGGAGAGUGAUAUCAACCUCGAUGGUGAACUGGAUCGUGAAGAAUUUGUGAAGUUUAUGAACAAGAUGACGAAGGAUGCGUUCAUCACAGUGAGUCAGGGAUUAAUCACUACCCUGGCAGUUGCCCCAACACUCGCUUUGCUGACAAAGAGGUCAACAGAGAAUGUCCCGGGCAUUGGGAAGGUGGUGCAGAAGUUGCCGAAUUCAGUCUAUGCAUCCCUGGUGACCCUGGUGAUUGUCUUGUUUCAACAGGGUGUAGAAAAAGCAUAGAAGCUUCAUUUCCUCUCCCUUAAUUGUAUGUAAAGAUUGCCAGUAUUAAUGCAUGGCCGUUGAAUUGAUUAUGUCAAUAGAAAACUUGUUAAAGCUACUCCAUAAAACACAGAAUCUGCUCUUGAGAAGAUACAAGUAACUCUUGCUGUUUAGCAUUUGGUACAAGAUUUCUUGUUGGCUUGCUAUGUAUAAAUAUCUUUGAAUGGUUUCUUCGAAA